GUCCUUAAAACAGUUUCUCAGAGACUGUAGUGGGAGAACGUUGAUCUUGUUGGAUUUCUACGCUAUUCAUUGAUUUCCGUUUUAUUGAAUUUCACUUCAGUUUUAAUAAUUUAAAAAAGCCUGCCAAAAUGGUUUGGGUUACCGACGAAAAUAAGAUGGCCGGAAACCCGAAUACCCAUGCUUUGUACGCUCAAAGCCAAUUGGAUCACAUGUGCGCCCUGGAUAUCGAGAGUCGCGCAUCCUUCGUUCGUCUUUCGGGGGUCAUUUGUACGAUCGGGCCGGCUUCAAGACCCGUUGAAACUCUUGAGAAAAUGAUCGAGACGGGAAUGAAUAUCGCUCGAAUGAAUUUUUCGCAUGGAUCUCACGAAUACCACGCAGAGACCAUAAGCAACGUGCGACAAGCACAAAAGAAUCUUUCCAGUCGCACUGGUAUCAAUGUUCCUGUAGCAAUUGCCCUCGACACUAAAGGUCCUGAAAUUCGUACUGGACUUCUGGAAGGUGGCGGAUCUGCUGAAAUUGAAUUAACUAAAGGGCAGACCUUCAAACUCACUACCGAUAAGACGCAGAUGGAAAAAGGAAAUUCCAAUGUAGUUUAUGUGGAUUAUGAUAAUAUUUCUAAGGUACUAAAGGUUGGAAAUCGUGUCUACGUUGACGAUGGUCUGAUUUCCCUCAUCGUCACUGCAGUCAAUGCCGAUGGAGUUACGACUACUGUUGAAAACGGUGGAAUGUUAGGUUCUCGUAAAGGUGUUAAUUUGCCUGGUGUACCAGUCGAUCUUCCAGCUGUCUCUGAGAAAGACAAAUCUGACUUGAAAUUUGGUGUCGAACAAGGAGUUGAUAUGAUCUUUGCUUCGUUCAUAAGAAACGCGGCAGCUUUAACAGAAAUUCGUGCCAUCCUUGGCGAGAAGGGAAAAAAUAUUAAAAUCAUAUCUAAAAUUGAAAAUCAACAAGGUAUGACGAACCUCGAUGAAAUUAUCGAAGCGUCUGAUGGUAUUAUGGUAGCACGUGGUGAUCUUGGUAUUGAAAUACCACCGGAGAAAGUGUUCUUGGCGCAAAAAUGCAUGAUCAGCAGAUGCAACAAAGUUGGAAAACCAGUCAUUUGUGCUACACAGAUGCUUGAAUCUAUGGUGAAGAAACCACGCGCGACUAGAGCCGAGACGUCAGACGUGGCGAACGCUAUUCUCGACGGUGCAGAUUGUGUCAUGUUAUCAGGUGAAACUGCCAAAGGAGAUUAUCCAUUGGAAUGUGUGCGCACAAUGGCUAACAUCUGCAAAGAAGCAGAAGCUGCCAUAUGGCAAACGCAAAUCUUCCAUGAUCUCUCAAAUAAAGCGAUACCACCAAUCGAUGCUACACACGCCGUCGCAAUUGCUGCCGUAGAAGCAUCGGUAAAGUGUUUAGCUAGUGCUAUUAUUGUAAUCACAACCACUGGUCGUUCGGCACAUCUGAUCGCAAAGUACCGGCCCCGUUGCCCAAUUAUUGCAGUAACUAGAUUCCAACAGGUUGCACGACAAGCACAUCUUUACCGUGGUAUUCUGCCACUCGUUCACGAAGAGGCGCAAUUGGCUGACUGGUUAAAGGAUGUUGAUGUUCGAGUCCAAUCUGGAUUGAACUUCGGCAAAAGCCGUGGUUUCAUUAAGGGUGGAGAUUCAGUCAUAGUUGUCACUGGAUGGCGACAAGGCUCAGGAUUUACAAAUACACUUCGCAUUGUGAACGUUGAAUAAACACUCACUGACUGGACUAUAAAGAGCAAAACGGUUCAGUAAUUUUAGCUUUUGAAAAUUCAGUGUGUAUAUAACUUAUAUCGUAUGUAUGGUGAAUUUAGUAAAGUUCUUAAGCGGAUAACAACCUGAAAAUGCCAGUAGUUGCAGUAUUAUUACCGUAAUGAAGUACCUACAUAAAUAGAGUACACAAAGAAACAUAUGUACAUAUGUAUUUUGAAGUAUAUAUACAAAUGUACAUAUAUUUACACACGUACACAAGCUAACACACACGCAUAUACAUACCACUAUUAAAUGAUAAAGUAAUUUUAUUUGAACCAAUAAAUUAUUGAAAUCAAAUGUAUUAUUUAUUACAAAAAAACAUGAUAUGUUUGAUUCCUACUUUCUGUAGAGAAGGUGAAUAAAGAAUUUUAUUUUG